GCGCAGAGCGAGCUGCUGUCGGAGCAACUGAAGGACCAAGCCUCUCAACAGGCCGUGGAGCUCCUGACGCGGGAAGGCCUGGGGCCGGCGGAGACCUUCGCGCGCUCCCUUGGUGAGGUGGAAGCUCCCACGCUCCGCUGGGCCCAGCACCAGAUCGAGAUGCGCUGGCGUCAGCUGGCGUCGAGGAAGGGCAGUGGAAAGAACGAUGCCAGAUGGAAAAGACUUCCUUGGGAGUGCAUUGGGCUUUGUGUGCUGACCUACACGAUGGUCCACGUCUCCUGCCAGGUGAUCACCUGCUCUUUGCCUUACUUGCCGGAGGACGCAGACUUCCAGGAGGGCUGGAACACCUCGGAUUGCGGCUUGGUGCUCGGCUUUGCGGCCCUCGCCGCAGCGCUGGGCUACGGGGUCCACGGUCCGCUGAUCGACCGCUUCGGGGUCGUCUUUGGCCUUUCCGUCGCUCUGGGAGGCUGCAGCUUGGGCGUGGCCGUGUUGGCCAUGGCUGAGACGCAGGCUGCCUUCGUCUUGGGCAGCAUCCUCGUCCGCUUCUCCUACGCUUCUGGCUGGCCAGCGGAAAUGAAGGCGCUGAAGCUGCUGGUUCCAGAGGAGUACCAGGGCAUGGCGGUGUCAACACUGGGUUUCGCCUCCCGGGGCGGGGCGAUCCUCGGUCGUGGCGUCUUCGGAGUCUUGCUGCGCAGCUUCACCUGGAGGCAGAUCGCCUGGCAGGCUGCGCAGCUCCUCUUCGUCGCCGGAGGAAUCGCCGUUCUCGUGAUGCGAGGGCUCCUGACUUCGAGCAAGAAGGCACCCGAAGCCAGAAGCCAAAGUCGAGCCAUCGGAGAUGUCUUGAAGGAGCCAACGGUCUGGCUGGUGACGGGAGCCUUUGCCUUCCUCUGCCAUGUGCAGCACGCCGACGACUUCAUGCCCCUCCUCUUCCAGGGGCUGACGAAGUCCAAGAGCGUCGUCCUGUCCUGCGUUUAUCCAGGAGGCGGCAUCGCCGCCAUGGCCCUGAAUGCUUGGAAAGGAAAUCUCCUGCAGCGGCGCCAGCGCGAGCAGCUCUAUGUCGCCUGCAGCAUAGUGGCGGCUGCCCUGCUCGCGGUGCUCCUUGUCAUCGCAGCAGCCGAAGCGGAAGCGGACACAUCGGCGUGCACGGUGGCCAUCGUGGCAGUGACGCUGUUUCUUGUCGCCUUCUGUUGCGCUUUGCCGUACUACCUGGUCCCCAACCUUUUUGCUUUCGACUUAAUGGGCACAGAGUGUGCCACUCUGAUUGGUUUCUUCGAGUUGACGUCCUUCUGCAGCAUGAUGCCAGCGCACAUGGUGCUGCUGCAUGUAGCUGGGACGAUGGGGUGGACGUAUGCGCUCCUGCAGAUGGUGUUGACCAUGUGCUGCGCAGCGAUUUUCCUGGCCCUUCUAAUACCAAAGCUUCUUGGAUGGCAGCCGGGAGUGAAUGGGAGUGAAUGGGCAUGGGCCCCUGAGUGCGGCUCGGCUGGAGCCGUCGAAGACGGCCAUGUUUCCAGCUACACCUCACUUAAGCAAGAGAACGGGCCUGAGUCGCCAAUGAAAGUCAAGAGCAGAUGGAACGGAGUCGUUCGUCUCCGUCGGCUCAAGGCCAAAGGCCCGCCUUUUUCUCAGCGAGCCAUGUCCGACGGCGUCGCCUCGGCGGCUCACUCCGAGGAUCUCUUGGCCAAAGCGCUCCGAAUCCUCAGCCAGGAUGACUUCGAGGGGGGUCUCGUUCCGAAGACGGUUCUCGUAAGUUUGUUGGGCGAGUUGUCAGACGAGAAGCUGGUCAGGGAAUGCUUGGUGCAGAUGGCGGAUAAGUUCUGCAAGGCUGACGUUCGAGUCGAAGACUUCUUUGAGGACUUGCGCAGCUGGCAUGCCUGUGACUCUUAUGAGGACUUGAGGAAAGAACUCAGCAUCGGAAAUUUUGCACGUUGGUGUACGUCUGCCGAUCUGGAGACGAAUCUCAGGAAGAUUCAGUCUGUGCUGCGGUACGAUGAAGAAGCAUCCCCUGGUGGUGCAAGUACCAACCCAGAGAGCAAAAAGGGAUCUGACAAGCCCCAUGUAAAAGUCGACAUGAAGAUCAGGCUUAAUCUUUCGAAAGAAGAGCUACGAGAAAGAUCCACUAAUUGGCAGCCGCAUGAUGCGACGAUGCUGAGGCAUGUUUGCUUUGUUGGUCCUGGAGAAAAGCAGUUGAAAGAGUUGGAUUCCAUUGUCAAAGGCCGGCACUGGAUCGAGUUCGGAAUUCUUUUUUCUAAACACAGUUUGCCAACUCGAAAGACAGAUGCGGGAGUCGGGCUGGGCUCGCAAGAAUCCUACGACUACGGCCCCGGCAAUGAGGAUGUUGCAAGCAAAUACCCGCGAUUGGACAAAAUCGCAGAGGCCUGGCUCACAUCACAGCCCGAGAGCUUUGUAGAUUUUACCCUGCCUCCAGCAUUACUUUUGUUGUCCUUAGUUAGCUCUAUGGCAAUGGUACCAAGCACCGGUAAUCCCGGCAAUGAAGAGCAGCAAGGUACCACUGCAACUAACUAUUUCAAUCUGUGUAUCAACAACUGGACUCUUGAGAAU